CCAUGACUGUUCAUAAUUGUAUGCUUUUACAAUUCACUUUAAAAGUGAACAUAAACCUGGACACCAUGGGUGAAUUAACAUUUUUUGCAGUGUGCAUCCAUGGUUGCGUCACAUGACCCGUUAAUCUUCAGUGUAUUUCCGCGUUCACGACGGCCGAGCUGUUAUCAAUGACUGUCCAUGGGUGUGCAAGGUUUUACCGAAUGCAUCGGAGCUGUUUCCAUCAUCCUCUCCUCCGGCUGCGGCUGUUGUCUCCGCGCUAAAUGAAUGAAGCUUUAACCAUCUGAGGUCCUCCUCCUCCUCUUCCUCCUCCUCUUCCUCCACCUCCGCCGCCGCCUCUUGUUCUCCAUCAAGCCUGUCGUCGACCAGCGCGGCCGAACUGGGGGGGAAUCCGGGGAAAGGGAGCCGCGGCGCCGCGCACCGGCCGACUGACACCCCGCCGCGACGCGCCACCAACAUGCUCACCCGGGUCAAGUCCGCAGUGGCCGGAUUCAUGGGCGGAAUCAUGGCCGGGGGCAGCUCCGGCGGAGGGGGCAACACUGGCUCCGAGCUGCCCAUGAAAUUCCCCUAUAUGAGACCUGAGUUCCUUGGACUGUCCCCGGAUGAGAUCGAGUGCUCCGCGGAUCACAUAGCUCGGCCCAUCCUCAUCCUGAAGGAAACAAGGAGAUUACCGUGGGCCACCGGAUACGCUGAGGUGAUUAAUGCUGGUAAGAGUGCCCUGAAUGAGGACCAGGCCUGCUGCGAGGUGGUCAUAGCAAGGAGGCGGCCAAUGAGCUACUGCCCUCCGUCAACGCCCAGCAAGACCCCAACAGCCAAGAGACGCAACUCCCUGCCCAACGGAGAGGGCCUCCGCAUGGAGUACGGCAAGCUGGGAGAGGACAGUGAGGGGCUGGUGUUCCACUACUGGGCCUUGUUCGAUGGCCACGCCGGCUCAGGUGCAGCAGUUGUCGCCGCCCGCCUACUGCAGCACCACAUCGCCUGCCAGCUCCAGGCCGUCAUCGAGAUCCUACGCAACUUGGCCUCCCUGCCCCCGACUGUCCUGGGCGAGGAGCCCGACAACAACCCCUACCUCCAGGGAAACACCCCGGGGCCUCAUCGAGCCCUGACCCGGGCCGCCUCUCUGCGCGGGGCCGCAGGUGCUCCAGGUUCCCCGUGCAACACCCCGCCGCCUCCCCCGCGCUUCUUCACGGAGAAGAAGAUCCAGCAUGAGAGCCUGGUGAUAGGGGCCAUAGAGAACGCCUUCAAAGAGAUGGAUGCCCAGAUUGAGAGAGAGAAGCAAGUCUAUAACAUCACAGGAGGAUGUACGGCUCUCGUUGUGGUUUACCUGCUCGGAAAACUCUAUGUUGGGAAUGCAGGUGACAGCAGGGCUAUCAUUAUUAGAAACAAUGAGAUCAUUCCCAUGUCAACAGAGUUCACACCGGAAUCAGAGCGACAGCGCCUCCAGUUCCUGGGUUUCAUGCAGCCUCACCUGUUAGGAAAUGAGUUCACGCACCUGGAAUUUCCCCGGAGAGUCCAGAGGAAGGAGGUGGGCAAGCGGAUGCUCUACAGAGAUUUCACCAUGAACGGAUGGGCAUACAAAACCAUUGAGGAUGAAGAUCUCAAGUUUCCACUGAUAUAUGGGGAAGGCAAAAAGGCACGAGUGUUGGCAACCAUCGGUGUGACCCGUGGGCUUGGUGACCAUGAGCUCAAAGUUCAUGACUCCAACAUCUACAUCAAACCGUUCCUGUCCUGCUGCCCCGAGGUUAAGGUUUAUAACCUGAUGCAGUAUGAGCACGGGGCUGAUGAUGUUCUAGUAAUGGGAAGCGAUGGCCUCUGGGACGUCCUCUCCAACCAGGAGGUAGCCGAAGUUGUCAGCACGUUCCUAGCCAACUGUGACCCAGAUGACCUCCACAGGUAUACAAUGGCAGCCCAGGACCUGGUGAUGCGAGCACGUGGCAUGCUGAGGGACAGAGGCUGGAGGAUCACGGAUGAGCGCCUGGGCUCCGGAGACGACAUCUCAGCCUUCAUCAUACCCCUGAUGUAUGGAAACCGUCAGCCCUGAGGAGCCUGACACAGAUGCUGCGGUCCAAGUGCAUGUAGGCUCCUGUAUUGAACUGAGAACCCCCAUUCGGUUUCCUCAGUGCCGUUUUUUAGCACAUUAAUUUUCUUUCUUAGACCAAGGACGUACUUUGUCUGUGUUUUAUAUCUCUACAGGAGUUCAAUAUUAGUCAGCCGCUCUGAAAAAACAUACAAAGUUUGACACAUGGCAAUUCAAUUUAAUUUGUGUUGCUCAUUAAAACGGUCGAGAAGUAAUUUUGGCCAAUUGAAAAUUAAUAAAAGUGCUGGAGAAAAUUGGUUGUGGCUGGCCCUGAACUUCUGCAGAGGUGUAAAGGCUGAAAUAGACGAAUGAUCUUCCAGAGUGAAGAAAAUACCUCUUUUCUUUCUGUCCAUUUGACCUUGAUUGCAGUACUGUACAUGGCCCCUUUUCUUCCUUCUCUUUAUUCUUCCCCUCUUCUCCUAUACUGUACAGUAAAGUUGUUUUUAAAAAAAACGAAAACAAAAAACCUUUGUCUCGUGACCAUGGACCGAGCUGAAGGGUCAGCUGCGUUUUCUGUUUCGCCACAGUGUGGCUUUGAAGGAUUCACUCGUUGAAGAACUGCUUCCAGAUUGCUUUUCAAAUUACAGCCAGAGUGAAGCGAUGAGACUUUGGCUUGAACCUGCGUUGCUGUUCCCAUUCUGAGCAUCUUGUUGUCAUUUCCAAAGGCUUUCAGUUGAGCUCAGGAAGUCUAAAGUCUUUUAUCACAUGGAAAGUUGGGGGGUGUUGUUGCAUGCUGUUUCACGUGCAACCAGUUAUCAUGUUUCUGAGAAUGUGGAUGCAGAAGAAAAGAGACGAGGAUCUGAAGUCGACGACCUGAAAGUAGCAAGACAAAUCAGGAAUCAGUCUCACUGUGGAGUGAGAGAUCCAGGAGAUAAUACUGUAGUUUGAUAUGGUUUGUGGACAGUUUCAUAUGGCAUAAUUGAACAUGUGCAUAGAAAAAUAUGUUCACUGUUACAAGUCAUUUAAUCUGAUACGGAAUCUUAAAUUGUAAAAAUGUUCCUAAGAAUCAGUUAGUCAUCAGUGAGUUUAUGUUUAGCUGCAAUCAGUUAGUAAAACUAGAUCAGUUUGUGGAACAGACAUACUUAGACAUUUAGGGAAAUAUAUUUGCUUUAUUGCUAAGAGUUCGAUGAGAAGAUUGAUACCAGUCCUCUCCCUCUUAAAGGUAAAUGAGUUCUCUGAAAUCUUAAAAUUAAUUCAUUUUGUGCUGGAAAUACACCACAUUUCAGUUUAUACAUACAUUAAAGGAGAUGUUACAUGUUUACUUGCAAGCUUUACAGUUACUGGUAGGCUCCCGUGGACAGAAACAGGCCUGAUGUUUCUCGCGGCUUCCUCUCUCUAAGCAAAACUAAGCUAACAGUCUCGUUUGCACAUUAUAAUAGAACAGCUAAUUUGUUAAUUAUCUUAGCUUUGUACAAAAACUGGAGACGGGGGAAACAGCUUGCACGUCUCUGUCAAAGCUGACAAAAUCUGCAUCUUGAGUGCUUUUAUUACCACAUAUCUCAUUUAUCUCAGUUAAUUUGCACAAACAAGAGGGUUAAAACAAGUGUUUUUACACUGCAGUUCUGUUUGUGUUAAUGUCGUUGCCUUUCGACAAAGACAAAGAGAGCUGAUAGUUGCUUCAUACUUGUUCUCAUCUCUGCAAAAAACGAACAAGUAUGUAAUGUAAGUAAAUAAUUUACUAUUCCAGUUUAACUGUACACCAAGAAACUUUAUAUUUGUGGAGUUAAGUUUUUCAAGAAAUCCCUUUCACGCUUAGCAAAACGCCUCAUUUCCACGUAGUCUGGGUGUGUAUGCGAGUCAACCGGAAAAUUUAUUAACUCCUGUUUGAACCCUUGUUUUUUUGGGGAGAGGAUUUUUGGUCCUGGAUUUGAACUGGUAUUACAGACACGAAACAAAACUGAGUGAACACAAACCGUUAGAUUAGAUGACUUGUAGUUAAGUAUGCUAGCACUUUAGUCUGAUCCACAUCAUUUACCAAGCUGCCGCAAUAUUUAAAUGAAGAGGCAACUAUUCCCUGCAGCAGGGAAUAUUGAAUUAAAUUUAUAAUUUCUUUUAAAAAAUCAUGAAAUACAAUCGAAGUCAUCCAAACAAAAGUUUGGCAGAGAGAGAAACUGAAGGUUUUUGUUGGCUUUGACAUGUUCUGCAUGUUUCAUGAGCUUUAGAUGCUUUAUACGGAUCCCAUUUGUCUUCAGAAGGACAGGGUCGGGAGUAAUAAUGUACUGAAUUUGGAUGUAGUGAUUUACUGUGUGUCAGUGCAUGCAGUAACAUAUUGUAGGCCUGGGAAUAUGAGCGACGGUGCAAUGGUUUACACUGCUGUUUGUUUUUAUAUGGACUGAAUUUGUGUUUCUGUAAUGUAUCAAAGCGUUAGUGAUAAUGUUAUUUGUUUGUAAAUGUGCAUAGACCAAGGAAAUAUAUUUCUAAGGUUGUCGUUCCUUUAGAGUUAUUAGCAUUCCAGACAUUUACCAUAAGAGCAUUGCGAGGAAAGGGAAUGAAAUGAAACAAAAAUGCUAAUAGCCACAUUAGCAAACAAAACAACAUUUUUGUUGCACUUUUUAAUCUUGCUGACUGGACUUGAGAAAGAAAAAGCAGAUAUAAGGAGUUCAGCUUGUCGGGAAACAGUGUCGCGGCCUCAGAAGCUUAUGUGCAUGUGUGUUUUUUCUUCCCUACAUUAUUAUUCUGCAUUCAUACACUCUUCAGACAACCGCACUGGGUUGAGAUGUAGGUGAUGAGACGUAGUCUGGGGGAAGGAGAAACUUCAGAAAGGUCAUCAUUUUUUUUCCUAAAGUUUGAUUCCAAUCAGGGAAGAAAACUGCAUUAAAGUAAACCUGCAUGUGUUAAGUCCUCGACUGACAAUAUAAGAGUGGGUUUUAUCUUUUUUUUUUUUAUCCUCAAUAGCGAUGUAAAGUUUUGGAGUAGCACUGGUUUUACUUUAGGCUCGACUGUCAAUUAUGAAUAUGUCUUCUGAUUUCAUAAAACCUCCCGUACAGACGAUUGAUUCCAUAGAAGUUAAUUUGGAAGUUGUAUAGUGCCAGGAUGAGGAAGCCAUUGUUAAGGGAAUAGUUUGACAUUUUGGGACCCACACGUCCUUGCUUUCUGAUGGAGCACAUUUCCCAAAUUGUCAAACUUUGUUUUACGUCGCAUGAUAUGUGCCAUUGAGUAGCAUGGGCUAUUGAUCAUCUUAGCUUUGACGUUUUUGCAGUUGACAAUUAUUGACAUUCCUCCAAGCAGCAGUCAUUUACAUUUGCCUCAAGUUCAUAUGGUGCAUUUUCCUCCUGUACAUUCCAUAAAUUAUUUAAUUUAAGAAUUUUGUACUGUAUUAUCUCAUUAUAUGUUGCAUCUCUAAUUCCAUCAUAUAAGCUACUUGACAGUUUCCAAGUUUUUAAAAACUUCUUCUUUAUUUAAUUUGAUUUUUAAAAUUGUACUUGUAAAAUUGUGGAAUUUUUAUUUUAUUUUGCAUUACAAGAAUAAAGUCAAAGUGUUGAGAAUAAAGCAGAGAUAAUGGAGAAAAAAGCUGAACCUUUAGUGUAAGUACCAGAUAAAAAAAAGAAAUCAGAAUGGAAGAUCUUUUUUUGUAUUUCAGGAACAAAGUUGAAAUGUUAGCCAUAAAGUUGAAAGUUGAAAUGUCUCAAAAGUUCAACUUCAAGAUUAAUCUUGACAUUCUGACUUUAUUCUCUGAAAAAAAAAUUAUACCUGGUACUAAAACUUGAAAGGUUGCCUUUUUUUAAUGUCAA